UUAAUAGAAUAAAGUCUAAACCAUGUCAUUCCUGACAAAAAUUACAAGAACAAUUGUUAAUAAAUUUCCAAAAACAUAUUCGAAUAACUUCCGUUUUAUAAGUUAUUUGGCUGUUCAGCAUGAAAGUAUUGAAGAUAUGAUAUCCAGGUACGAGUGCAUUUUCAGUAAAGAAGAUGCUGAUGGUUGGGAUGUGCGUCAAGCUAUGAACGAUUUAACCGGUUAUGAUUCAGUUCCUGAACCUAGAAUCAUUAUCGCAGGUUUGCACGCAUGUCGACGUCUUAACGAUUAUGCGCUCGCUGUUAGAUUUUUGGAGAUGUGUAAACGCAAAUGCGGGAAUCAUACCAAAACUAUCUGGCCUUACAUAGUUCAAGAAGUUGGAGCUACAGUAGCUGAGUUGGGAUGUGAUUUUCCUGAAUCUUUGGGGUAUGACAAACCUGAGCUAUGGUGGGAAUCUGUAUUUGACAUGUAAAAUAUUGUAGUACAAUUUUAAUAUAUGUUUACUAACA